AUGUAUGUGAAAUGCGGAUUGUUGGACAAUGCUCGGAAACUAUUUGAAAGAAGUGUUGAUGAUAGGAAUGUGGUGAUGUGGACUACACUGAUCUCUGGGUUUGCAAAGUGUGAGAGAGGUAUUGAAGCGUUUGAUUUGUUCAGGGGGAUGAUGAGAGAAUCGAUUCUUCCAAAUCAGUGUACUUUGGCGGCUCUUCUUGUUUCUUGCUCGAGCUUGGGAUCUCCGAGGCAGGGGAGAAGUGUUCAUGGAUACAUGAUAAGGAGAGAGAUUGAGAUGGAUGCUGUGAAUUUUACAUCUUUCAUCGAUAUGUAUGGUAGAUGCGGGAAUGUUGAAAUGGCUAGGAAGGUUUUCGAUAUCAUGCCAGAGAGGAAUGUGAUAUCUUGGAGCUCGAUGAUCAAUGCUUUUGGGAUGAAUGGUCUGCUGGAGGAAGCUCUGGAUUGUUUUGAUAGGAUGAAGUCACAGAGCCUUGUUGUUCCAAACUCUGUGACGUUUGUUUCGCUUUUGUCGGCUUGUAGCCACUCGGGAAACGUGAGAGAAGGACGUAAGCAGUUUGAAUCAAUGACAAGAGACUACGGGAUUGCGCCGGAGGAAGAACAUUAUGCGUGUAUGGUAGAUUUGCUAGGUCGAGCUGGUGAAAUUAGGGAAGCGAAGUCGUUUAUUGAUAACAUGCCUGUGAAACCAAUGGCCUCUGCUUGGGGAGCUCUUCUGAAUGCUUGUAGAAUCCAUAAAGAAGUCGAACUAGCAGAAGAAGUCGCAGAGAAGGUCUUAUCCAUGGAACCAGGUGAAACAGGCGUCUACGUCUUGCUUUCUAAUAUAUACGCUGAUGCUGGGAUGUGGGAGAUGGUGAAUUGUGUGAGACAGAAAAUGGGCAUCAAAGGAUAUAGAAAACCCGUGGGACUAUCUGCUACUCAAGUCGGCUAG